GGCGAAAGCACUGUAAUAGUAAACAAUAAAUUUUAAUAAAACUUUUGUAAUUUAAUGUAAAAUCAUGUUAUAUAUUGCGAUUGUCCGGCCAGCACAAUCAAUUACACCAAAACAUUCGAUAAAAUCAUUAAAAUCAACAAAAGAUGUCGAAUUAUUUAUUCAAGAAGCACCAGGCUUUGGGAAAAAUGAUUCUGAUGAAAGAAAACGAUUACCAAGCGUUAAACCACGUUUGAGUUAUCAUGCAUCUAAACAAGCCAUUAUCGACCAUGUUUUCCAGGUCACAAAAUCUGCCAGUCCGUCUAAUACUGGUAUUAAAGCAAAAAGAGUAAUUCACGCAAAGGAUCUCAAACUACAGGUUAAUGGUACACCAGAGAAUGCAAUAUUAUACGUGGUGCCCACUUUAAUACGUGGCCCUACCACACCAUACCCCUUCCAAUCCAGCAGCGAACCUAAUGCACCGUGUGGGUUCCAUACAUUACACCAAGUUACACAUGAAGUUAAUGGGCAAGGGGACAAAUAUAAUGAGGUUGUUAAACCACUCGUCGAUGCAUUGGAAAGAUGGAUGAAACGUCAGAUGUCGCGUCCAACGUCACUUCAAGCUUUAUUUCGGCCAACAGCUCUCGAUCGAAUUCAUGAAAACAUAACCAACCCUGCGUACGCUGCCGAGCCUAACCGAGAUUGGUUGUUAUUGGAAAACAAACUGACACCUGAACAAGCAAUGGCAAAAAUGAAGGAAACAAAUAAAACUGACCAUGUUGUCCACAAUCCAUUGUAUGGAAUCCAUGUUUACCUUUAUAAUAAGGUUGACAUGUUAGUUACCAACCCCUAUUAUGGACAAGCUAUUCCUGAUUACUCCAAGAUAAAAAUACCAGAUCGUGAGCAGUGGUUUAAAGGGGAGGAUAAUAAGGAAGAAAGCAGAGAAUUAAGUUGGGUAGAAGAGUUUCCAUUGCACAGAGCUGCUGCUGAUGGGGAUCUCCCUACACUGAGAUACUUAUUGAAGGUGGAGGGAAGCAAAGUUAAUAUUUGGGACCACGAUGGCUGGCCUGCUAUUCAUUAUGCUUGUUGGUAUGGCAGAGUGGAUGCAGUGAAGAUCCUGUUAGAUGAAGGAGGAUGUGACCCAAACAUCACAAAUCGGAACGAGACAAGUCUUCUACACCUUGCUGCUGGAUGCGGAUGCCAUAAUAUUAUCAGGAUAUUGGUGGAUCAUCCUUUCAUUGAUAGGCACCUGCUUGAUAAACAACAGCGGACCCCAAUAGAAUGUGCGGAACAAAUCAAGUCAAAGGAUUGGAAUAAAUGUGUUCAGUUACUAAAGGAGUUAUCUCAUAAACCUUACAGGAGAAUUACAGUUCAUAAAAUGGAUGGCUCAGAGAAGACACUUGAUUUACGCAGAGGCGGCAACGCAACUGUGAACGACCUCAUCGAAUCGUUGAGACUUUCUAAUGAAUCGAAACUUUAUUUCUCAUUAUGGGUGACUUCUAAAAGUUUGCAUCUUCAAUUAAAACCUGACCACAGUCCACUUAUUCAGAUGCAGAAAUGGCCUGAAUUACUAUGCCAGCUUAGUGGCGUAAAGAGAAAAUCAGCUGAAGCGGAAAACCCAAGGAUAGUUUUGAAACGAGACGUCAACUUGCUACCCAAUGUAGAGGAAGAGGUGAGUGAUAUCUAUUCCACACGCUUACUGUACGAAGAGGCACGCGCACAAGUAUUGAGGGGGUUGUACCCUUCCCUGGACCAAGUGGCAAUCGCCAUGGCAGCAGUUGUCAUGAGAAUUAUACAUGGACCGUAUGAUCACAAGAAACAUAAACCUUCCUUUAUGGAUGAUACAAUACUUCGUCAAAUACUCCCCGGGUGCAAGCUACACAACAGAACAUUAAACUGGCCGCAGAAAAUCCUUCAAGAGUUUAAAGAACUGAGUGAACAGGGUCCAGGAGAAGCCUCACAGUUACAUCUGCUUUAUUUAAGAUACUGCUGGACACAGAUAUCAACUUAUGGUUCAGCGUUUUUCACUGGUUAUGCAUACGCCACACGCAAACAUGGUAACGACACUCAUCAGCGUAUUGUUGCCAUGUAUAUUGGUGUCAAUCAUAGAGGAAUUCAUUUCAUUAAAGUGGAAAAUAAGGCGCUUCUGGUUUCCGUGAGUUAUCUCUCGUUGUCAUGGAAGCUGAACGAGGCAGAAAGAUUGUUUCAAAUCAGAACUGGAGACGAUAAAAUUAACAUGAUCAUACACACACCUCAAGCUGCGCUUAUUUGCCAUCUUAUGUCUAAACUAAGUCAAGCUGCAUGUUAAGACCAAAGGGUUCUAUGAUCAAGGCCCUACCAAAGUGGUUUGGGCACAGAAAACUGACACAGGUAUCAAGCUGGGUACUAGCUGCUAUUGCCUUGCAUCUGAUGUCUAAAUUAAGUCAAGCUGCACGUUAGACUAGAGAGUUGGAUGUUCAAGUCUUUGCUAAGGUAGUUUGGGAGUAUAAAACUGCCACAUACACCACAAGCUGCAUUUUCAUCUAUAACUAGGUCAAGCUGCAUACCAGGACUAAAGGGUUCUGGGAUCAAAGCCCUACCAAGGUAGAAAAACUGGUGCUUGGUUUAUCUGGCCAAAAGGAAUCACAAUCACAAUUGCUUGCCACAGUAUAUGUUGAAAAAACAAAUACAUUAUUCUUGUUAAAACUCAUAACAAUGUUCCAUUUGUUCAUAUAUUGGUAUUGAAGAAGCUACUUAAUGCAUGACUGAACCUAACAGUUUAAUAUUACGGUUUACUUAAUUACUAUCAUGUAACAAUGCCCAUAUUGUAAUAACAAUGAUACAUAUUCAUUAAGAAUUAUCAUUAUGAUAUAAUUAAUAUACAUAACCAAUGUCUUGUACAACACACACUCCCCAUUAUAUUAUGUCAACAUUAAAUGAGGAAAUGGUGUGUUUGUGUUACACUUCCUUUUAUAUCCUGGCUGUUUCCUCUUGCCUGUUAUUGAAAAAUUUCAUCUGUUUUCUUGGUUAUUAAAAAUUAAAGAUCUCCAGAUAGACUGUG